UUUUCUCUCUUACAUGUUCUCAGUCUCAACAUUCUCUUCUCAGCAGAAAUGAAGUUCUAGAGAGAAAAGACAGAGGAGAUAGAGUUGGCUUUCGCUGUUCCAAACCCUAUUCGUCAGAUACCUGUGAGGCUUUGAUUCGAUCUUUGGAGAACAUUACAGCAUAUUCAAGAGAUAAAUAGAAAGAAUAUGGGCUCCGUGAAUUCAAACAACUGGCUGUCAUUUCCUCUUUCUCCUACUAAUUCUUCCUUGCCUUCACAAAUUCACCCUUCUCACUCUCAUCAAUUCUCGCUAGGGUUAGUCAGUGAUACAAUGGAAAAUCCUUUUCAAAACCAAGACUGGAAUAUGAUUAACACCCAAGGGAGCAGCGAGGUUCCGAAGGUAGCAGAUUUUCUUGGUGUGGGAAAAUCUGAGAAUCAGCCAGAUCUUGUGGCCUACAAUGACAUUAAUGCUAAUGAAUCCGUCAGCGAUUAUAUUUUUACAAAUGUGAAUAAUGCUAUAGUCCCAAUGCAAAACGCGGUAGUUGGCACAUCCAGCAACUACGAUUACCAGGAGAACUCCAAUAGCCUGCAAUCUUUGACUCUUUCCAUGGGCAGCGGCAAAGGUUCUUCGACAUGUGAAACCAGUGCCGACAAUACUAGUACAACUACUGUUGAAGCUCCCCCAAGAAGGGCUCUGGACACAUUCGGACAAAGGACCUCUAUUUAUCGUGGUGUAACAAGGCAUCGAUGGACAGGAAGAUAUGAAGCUCAUUUAUGGGAUAAUAGUUGUAGAAGGGAGGGCCAAUCAAGGAAGGGCCGGCAAGUCUAUUUGGGUGGUUAUGACAAGGAAGAGAAAGCUGCUAGGGCUUAUGACUUGGCUGCACUAAAGUACUGGGGAACAUCCACCACUACGAAUUUUCCAAUUAGUAACUAUGAGAAGGAGGUGGAGGAGAUGAAGAACUGUACAAGACAGGAAUUUGUGGCCUCCAUUAGAAGGAAAAGUAGUGGCUUUUCUAGAGGAGCAUCCAUGUAUCGUGGAGUUACAAGGCAUCAUCAGCACGGCCGAUGGCAGGCAAGGAUAGGCAGAGUUGCCGGAAACAAAGACCUUUACCUGGGAACUUUCAGUACUGAGGAAGAGGCAGCUGAAGCUUAUGACAUAGCAGCAAUAAAAUUCCGAGGCCUGAACGCCGUUACCAACUUUGACAUGAGUCGAUAUGACGUGAAGAGCAUUCUCGAGAGCAACACUCUCCCUAUCGGUGGCGGUGCUGCGAAGAGGCUGAAAGAGGCUCAAGCCCUGGAAUGUUCUAGAAAACGUGAAGAAAUGCUAGCUCUCGGUUCCGCCUUCCAAUAUGCAGCCGGAACGAGCUCAUCAGCGAGCUCGGCUGCUCGCAAUUUACAGGGCUACUCUUUAAUGCAGCAGCAGCCACAAUCAGCAUAUGAUCAGACUCUACUUUCUCUACAAAACCAUGACAUGUCUCAGUACGCCCACCAUGACCCUUCUGCAUACCAAAACUACAUCCAAACCCAGCUUCAGUUGCAACAGCAAUCUAGUAAUAGUUAUAACAUCCACCAGCAAGGCCAAAGCCCUCAUCAGUAUUACAACACCUACUUGCAGAGUGCUCACCCAGCUUUGCUUCAAGGCCUGAUGGACAUGGGGUCUGCAUCUACAACUGUCAUGGACAAUAGUGCUGGAGGGUUCUUAGGGCAUAAUGGACUUGGGAUGGCUUCGAAUUCGACGACAACAAAUGGGGUCGGAUCGGCAGAAGAACCUGCCCUUGUGAAAGUUGAUUACGACAUGCCGUCUGCUGGAGGGUAUGGCAGCUGGUCUGGCGGCUCAGUUCAGGGAUCAAAUCCUGGUGUUUUCUCUAUGUGGAAUGACUGAAGACUGACAUAGGGAGAUUGCCUAGGCAACUAAGUGAUUUGGUGAUGGGGACUCGUGGAAUAUCAAGUAUGGAUUAGGAGCAAUUUACUAUCAUGCAUCCCUUAUUUUCAAUUUUUUAUAUG